AUGAAGACGUUUAAGGUCUUUGGCAGUGCCACUGCUUCUGGACCAGCUGCCGAAGUUUUCAUGGACUCUCAGGGUGAGCGCAGUUCUUUAAAACUUCAAAAAUCUAGUUGUUUUUGCAGAAUAUGAAUCGGAAGGAGGCCUCGGAGGAAUCACACCUCCGACGUUCAGCCGAACUUGUCCAUUUCCCAUGUCUGAAGACACGAUGGUUCCUGAAAGUAAGCCAACCUCCUUUUUCCCCUCAAAUGAACACUUUUUCGUUCCAGAAUCGCCACAAGAACUGCCGUUCGUCACACCGCCAGCCGACGGAUUCGAACUCUUCAAAAUGGUCCUUGCGAAGAAGAAGAACAGAAGCGUCUCGACACUCGAUCCGCUCAAAUGCAGUAAGAAAGAGCCACGAAUUACAAGUUCCUGAUUUUUCGAUUUGUUUUCAGCAAACCUAUGGGACCGGUGCCCGAGCGCAGAGAAACAGUUGUGGACGGACGCGGCGAGCAAACACCGGGCGCGUCUCGAGGCUGAAAUCAAAGAGGGAAGGGCGCGGAGAGCUCUGUCGGAUCUUGUGAUCAAGACGGAAACGAAGAGUGGACCCAAGACGCAGUGA